AUGGGGAAUUGUCAUAACUGUUUAUAAUAAUAACAAGAGCAAGUAGAAAUCUAAAUUAAUAAUCAUACUGAAGUGGAAGUAUAAUAAUCCUAAGAAUAACCUCCGUUAUUGAAUUUAGAUGUAAAAACAUGGUAGAAAGAUUCUUAUAGUCUUUAUGAUUAUGAAAAUAGUAACUUUAUUCAUUCUCAGCAAAUACCUAUAAAUGGCACUAGCUAUCUUACUUGCAAAGCUAAUAAAGUUUUAUCUUAUGAAGGUAGUUAUUCCAGAAACAAGUAAGUAUUGUUCUUAUAUUUAGUGAUAUUAAUGAUGAAACAUUAUUACUAUCACUUGAGUAUGAAAACGAUACAUUCUAAUUAUAAAAUUUACGUUACAAUAGAAGACUCUAAACUUAAGAACUAGUUGAGGAUUAUUAAAAAGAAGUAAAAAAUUCUUAAUUAAUAAUUAUAUAGGAUGGUGAUAAACUAUUAUCUGAAAACCAAACAAUUAAUGCUGAUUUCCAAAUGAGUUUCAAUAUUUAGAAAUUACGAACUACUACUAAUAGAUAAUUAGUUUGUGUUGAAAAGGGCCCCAAGAUUUGGUUAGUUACUAGAUCUAUAUAAAUCAACAGUAUAAAUGAGGGUUUAGUAUUGAAAGUGGGAGAUGAGAUUAAAUUAGGAAGAGUUAAAUUAACUAUUAAAGAAAUUCAAUUAUAAUGUGAUCCUUAAUAAGAUUUAUUGGAUGAAGCAUCAAUAUGUUCAGUUGAAGAUAAAAAUGAAUUUUCUAAAUAAUGUCGAAUUUGUCUAUCUACUGGAGAAUCACCUUCAAAUCCAUUAAUUGAUCCAUGCAAAUGUAUUGGUAGUACUAAAUACGUUCAUAUUAAUUGUUUACUUAGAUGGUAUCCAUUCUUAUUUCUAUUUAGGAUUUAAUAAAGUUCACAUUUUAAUAGUAAUGCAUAUUGUACUAGAUUUAUAUGGAAAUCUUUAGAAUGUGAAAUCUGUAAAUCUGUCUAUCCUCCAAUUUUCGAUAGGAAUGGAAAAAAAUUCAAUCUUAUUGAAUUAAGUAAACCUAAAGAUAAACCUUAUAUAUUAAUGGAAUUUCAUUAAAAAAGAUAACAUGAUAAUCCUUAAUCAAAUGAUAGCAAUGGAUUAUAUAUUGUCAAUUUUGGAAUCAAAAAAGAACUUAAAAUUGGUAGGAAUCAUGAAGUUGAAAUAAGUAUUGCUGAUAUAAGUGUAAGUAGAGAACAUGCUCAUAUUAAAUUAGUUGAUAAUAAAAUUAUUUUAUCAGACAAAAGAUCUAAAUUUGGAACCUUAGUUCUUCUAUAAAAAAAUAUCACCCUUACUCCUUAAUUAUCAGGACUUGAAUUAUAAAUUAAACGUACUCUUGUUAAAUUUAAUAACAAUUUAAUAUCCCAAUCAAAUCAAAAAUAAAGAGAUUUCGAAUUAUACUUAGGAAGAAAUGAAUGA